AUGCAUCACUUGGGACUCAACUUUGGUGAACUCCUGAUUCUACUAUGGAGAGGAAAACUAGAUUGUGGAUGUACCGAUAACAAGAACACAUGGACUUGGGCUACUCUCACUGGGGAAACUUGGGAAUAUCACGGGAAGCUUGUUGCCGAAGCACGCAAAUUUUUUCCAUCAUCUUUCCACCAACCUCCCCGCAACCCUGCUGAGAAAAUCAACAAUGGUUUCAAGGCAACAGAAUACUUCCUGGCCGUUCUUCCACGAGAAAACUGGAGACAUUUGUGCAAAGGUCUACAUGGAGCACGUACAAUGCUACAAUGCUCUGCAACUGGAAAAGAAAUCCGGGAGGCCCGUAUACAACUUGUUCAGUUUGUUGAGGAAUACGAAGUAAUGUACUACCAACGGCGUGUUGACCGGAUGCAUUUCUGCCGCCCCUGCAUCCAUACUCUUCUGCAUCUCGCUUCAGAGAUGAUUAGAAUUGGUCCAGGUGCAGUUAGCUCUCAGUAUACCCUCGAACAACUGAUCGGAGAAUUAGGCCAGUCAAUCCGCCAGCCUUCUAAUCCUUUUUCCAAUCUUGCUCAGCAGGCUCUGAUCCGGUGUCGUAUCAAUGCAUUGAAGCACAUGUGCCCGGAGUUGGAUCCUAAGUCUGUACUGCAUCAACCAAAAGGAUCUUUAGUUGUUGGUAAUGGCUACAUUCUCCUACAACCACGAAAGCAUUCACCAUCCCAGUUAUUUUCACCCGAAAUGGAUGCAUUGGAGGAAGCUGGGAUCUAUUCAAAACAAGUUCGUAAAUGGGGGAGGUUGCGCUUACCCAAUGGACAAAUUGCACGCAGUUUGUACAGUGAAAGUGACAAAAACCGAGCCAAUGUUAGGAAUACACGAAAUGUGAAAAUCCGUGUGGAUGGACUCAAAACCUAUGCCGAGGUUUGGUAUUAUUUCUUGUAUGCACAAUGUCCAGAUGAUCUUACUGCAUAUGCACUGGUGUCUAUCUACUCAGAUCCUUUGAAGGAAGUUCUAGCAGACUCGUACAAUGAAUUGUGGGCCUGCUUUUACCAGGGUGAUAAAUCCACUCCCACUACUUCUUGGAGACUCUGGUUUGUAGUUGAGAAGACAGGAGUAGAUGAUGCUGAGCUUUUAGGUGGGGACACUGAAGAUGAAUGA